AAUGUUGCUAUUGAUUCGAUGAUCCCUAUAGGACGUGGUCAACGAGAAUUAAUUAUUGAGGACAGACAUACCGGUAAAACAACGGUAGCCACAGAUACGAUUCUCAAUCAACAAGGGGAAAAUGUAAUAUGUGUUUAUGUAGCUAUUGGUCAAAAAGCAUCCUCUGUGGCUCAGGUGGUGACUACUUUACAGGAAAGAGGAGCAAUUGAAUAUACUAUUGUGGUAGCUGAAACGACGGAUUCUCCAACUACAUUACAGUACCUCGCCCCUUAUACCGGAGCAGCUCUAGUUGAAUAUUUUAUGUACUGUGAACAACACACUUUAAUCAUUUAUGAUGAUCUAUCCAAACAAGCACAGGCUUAUCGCCAAAUGUCUCUUUUAUUACGAAGACCACCCGACCGUGAAGCUUAUCCAGGAGAUGUUUUUUAUUUGCAUUCGUGUCUUUUAGAAAGAGCCGCAAAAUCAAGUUAUAGCUUAGGUGAAGGAAGUAUGACUGCUUUGUCAGGAGAUGUUUCAGCUUAUAUUCCUACUAAUGUAAUUUCCAUUAAAGAUGGACAAAUCUUCUUAUCCGCCGAUCUGUUUAAUGCUGGAAUCAGGCCUGCUAUUAAUGUGGGUAUUUCCAUCUCGAGAGUAGGAUCCGCGGCUCAAAUUAAAGCUAUAAAACAAGUCGUGGGCAAAUUAAAAUUGGAAUUGGCUCAAUUCGCAGAAUUAGAGGCCUUUGCGCAAUUCGCUUCUGAUCUCGAUAAAGUUACUCAGAAUCAAUUGGCGAGAGGUCAACGAUUACGCGAGUUGCUCAAACAAUCCCAAUCUGCUCCUCUCGCGGUGGAGGAGCAGAUAAUGACUAUUUAUACCGGAACGAAUGGCUAUCUUGAUUCGUUAGAAAUUGGACAAGUAAGAAAAUUUCUUGUUGAGUUACGUACUUACUUAAAAACAAAUAAACCUCAGUUCCAAGAAAUCAUAUCUUCUACCAAGGUAUUCACCGAAGAGGCAGAAGCCCUUUUGAAAGAAGCUAUUCAGGAACAGAUGAAACGUUUUCUACUUCCGGAACAGUUAUAAAAUAAAGGGCAUUGAUCACCCUUAAUUUAAAUACUAAUUUAAAGCUUCUAUGACUAUCAUAUAAAAAAAA